ACGAAUCGCCAGAGCUCCUCGAGUGCUUCUUCCACUUCUCGGCCGAAUCGAUUGCUAAAAUCAAAUAAAAAACCAACUGCCAAUUCCGGACCACCAAGAUCUCGUCGUUCCAAUCCCUAUCCUCAUUGGUCUGGCGACGCAUAACCCGCGCUCGAAAUUUCCCUCCGGAGAAGAUCACCGGGUGCCGUCUCGCAACCAACAACAGGGGAAGGAUGAAUCCUCCCAUGCAUCUUGACUACUUCGGGACCUCGAUUAAUCGGAUGAGGACCUCCGCCCCGGCGGGGGAGCUACUGGGGAACGAUUUGGGGUGGGCGGCGUGGCGACUGCAAGAGGCGGUGGUGCGGCACAGCGACGAGAAGAUCAGGGGGAUUUUGUCGUCGUGGUUGGAGCCACCGGUGGUUUACCGGAUGGAGCAGGUGUUCGAUACGGAUAGUGUGAUGAUGGGGAGCUCGCCGAACCUGGAAGGAAUGCCACUGCCGGGCCGGAGGUUGUAUUCCGGUGGUGGUGAGGUUUGGUCAAGUAGGGUAUUGUGGUGUUAAAAAAAGAUUUUUGAUUUUUGAUUUUUUAAUGAAUGUAAUAAUGAGGU